CAUAAAUAGAUGAAGUAUAAUACAGAGCAAUAAAGAGAAUACUCAGUGCAGUUCCAACUUUUUUUAAAGACUUGUGGAAUACAGAUUGCUGCGCUGUAAAUCUCCAUCAUGCGAGAAUGCAUCAGUAUCCAUGUUGGUCAGGCUGGCGUGCAAGUCGGCAAUGCCUGCUGGGAACUCUACUGCCUGGAACACGGCAUUCAGCCGGAUGGACAGAUGCCCAGCGACAAGACAGUGGGCGGCGGUGAUGAUUCCUACAACACCUUCUUCAGCGAAACAGGUGCCGGGAAACACGUACCCAGAGCCGUUUACAUCGAUUUAGAACCCACUGUUGUUGAUGAAGUCCGAACAGGCACGUAUCGCCAGUUGUUCCACCCGGAGCAGCUCAUCACUGGCAAAGAAGAUGCGGCCAAUAACUAUGCUCGUGGACACUACACCAUUGGCAAAGAGCUCAUCGAUUUAGUACUGGACAGGUGCAGGAAGCUGGCUGACCAGUGCACGGGACUCCAGGGAUUUCUGAUCUUUCACAGUUUCGGGGGAGGAACUGGGUCCGGUUUUGCAUCGCUGUUAAUGGAAAGACUAUCAGUAGAUUAUGGCAAGAAGUCGAAACUGGAAUUCGCCAUCUAUCCAGCUCCUCAAGUUUCAACCGCCGUUGUCGAGCCUUACAAUUCCAUUCUAACCACGCAUACAACAUUGGAGCAUUCCGAUUGCGCCUUUAUGGUGGACAAUGAAGCAAUCUAUGACAUUAGCCGUCGAAACCUGGACAUCGAGAGGCCCACUUACACCAAUCUCAAUCGUCUCAUCGGCCAGAUCGUCUCCUCUAUAACAGCGUCACUGAGAUUCGAUGGGGCUUUGAACGUAGACUUGACAGAAUUUCAAACCAACUUGGUGCCGUAUCCAAGAAUCCAUUUCCCAUUAGUCACGUAUGCACCAGUCAUAUCGGCCGAAAAGGCUUACCACGAACAACUGACCGUGGCCGAAAUCACCAAUGCUUGCUUCGAACCCGCCAAUCAAAUGGUGAAGUGCGACCCCAGACAUGGAAAAUACAUGGCAUGUUGCCUCCUGUACCGCGGAGAUGUUGUACCAAAAGAUGUGAAUGCAGCCAUUGCCGCCAUCAAGAGCAGGAGGACGAUCCAAUUUGUGGACUGGUGCCCUACUGGAUUCAAGGUUGGAAUUAAUUAUCAGCCUCCCACUGUUGUACCUGGCGGAGAUCUUGCCAAAGUUCAGCGGGCCGUGUGCAUGCUUGCCAAUACUACCGCCAUCGCCGAGGCCUGGUCGAGAUUGGAUCACAAAUUCGAUUUGAUGUACGCCAAGCGGGCCUUUGUCCAUUGGUACGUUGGUGAAGGAAUGGAAGAAGGCGAGUUUUCGGAAGCCAGAGAAGAUUUGGCGGCUUUGGAGAAGGAUUACGAGGAGGUUGGACUCGAUUCAACCGAAGGAGCUGAGGAGGGUGAAGAAGAAGAAUAUUAAAUUAAGGAACUAAAUAUUUCAUGAAAGAAGGCAUCAAAAACUGCUUUUUUCGUCGGACAUUGACUAAAUUUUGAAAACAAAGACUAAAUGACUUUACACAAAAAUUCAUUUUUCCAUUCAAAGCAUUUCACUCAAAAAAAAUUUGUUAAUAAAAAAUGCCCAGAAUAUAUAAAAAAAAAAUCUAAUCAAUUUGAAAAUUUUCAUUCAAUACACUGGUUUAACAAGUGUUAACUAAGAAUAAUAACUUAUUUAAUGGCAAAUUUCUAUUUCCUUUGGGGAAAAUCUACUUCUGUAUUUAUGUAGUAUUGGUACUGAGAAAUCAGAAACAGAUACCCGCCCAUCACAGAUAAAUACUUCUAAAGUACUUUAACCUUAUUUGCAUAUAUUAUGAAAAUAGAUGAUGCAUGAAUCGACAUUUUUUAACAGUUUGAUACUGGACUGCAGAAAAAUUUUUCUUGGUCAAAAGUACUGCUGACUAUCAGAGAUAUAAACAUAU